AUGAAUAUUGAUGAAGAUGACCGACCUAAGCUAAGUGAAGACGGCGAGAAGGACCUUACCAGGCUUUGGCGAACAUGGAAAACAGUGAUUGAAAUGCUGAUGGACCGAGGGUAUGAAAUCUCGAACGACGAAGUCAAUAUUUCUCGGUCAGAGUUCCAGCGACGUUUUGGGGACCGUGACGGAUGUCCGGAUCGCAAACUAAUGCGUCUCAAUGCCAAACCAAGCGAAGCGAUGGACAAGCUUCACACACCAAUUCCUACCAAAUCGAAACCUGACCCUUCCACCACGGCGGGCAACAUUUGGGUCGAGUUUAGUCCAGAGACUACCAUCGGAAUCAAACAUUUGCGACAAUUUGCUCAGCAUCUCGAUGCCAACAACACCAACGGCAUUUUCAUCACCAUGGGCCCCGUAACGACCGCAGCUAUGCGUGCCUUCGAACCUCUUGCACAACGUGGCAUUACGGCAGAACAUUUCCAAGAGAGCGACCUUCUCGUCAACAUCACAAAGCAUGAGCUUGUGCCAAAACAUGUACUGCUCAGCGCAGAGGAGAAGAAAACGCUACUGGCAAGAUAUCGGUUGCGCGAAACGCAACUUCCACGGAUACAGCAUAGCGAUCCUGUUUCAAAAUACUUGGGGUUGAAGAGAGGUAACGUGGUGAAGAUCAUCCGGAAGAGUGAGACUGCCGGGCGUUACGCAAGUUAUCGCAAAUACCGGCAGAUAAUUGCACGGGAUGGGGAAGCGCGGCAAAAAGGUAGAGGUGGACGAGGUCGAGGUGGUUUUGGUCGAGGCGGCAAUGGAGCAAACAAUACGUGGAGGGAAAGAACAAACAAGAACGACGUCGAUCGUCACAACUCGAGAUUCGAAGCGUACUACCAUGGCCUGGAGAUCGUGGGUGAGGAUGAGGAGCAGAAACUGUGGGAAGCUAUGCGGCGUGAUCUACCGAACAGCUUCAGAUUCACUGGCUCCAAAGGGCAUGCUCUUGCUGUACAGCAGCGGCUGAAGGACUUCUAUGUCCCCGAGAUCACGUCUAUCACUCACGACGGAGAAAUGGUUGAGGCACCGAAGCCCGUCAAUUGGUAUCCAGAUCAGCUUGCAUGGUACAUGACUACUCCGAAGCAUAUCAUCCGCCGAUUCCCUCCCUUUGCUUCAUUUCAGAAGUUUCUUGUCGCCGAAACAGAUGUUGGAAACAUCAGCCGCCAGGAGGUAGUGAGCAUGAUCCCUCCUCUCUGUAUGGACAUCCAACCGGGUAUGACCGUGCUUGACCUCUGCGCUGCACCAGGCAGCAAGUCAGCGCAACUGAUUGAGAUGGUUCAUGGAGGGGAAGAAUAUCGAAGCAGGACGGUUGCGAAACACAUGGCAAACGGGUUGGACAGACCAGACGGGAAUGAAUAUGAAGACGAGGGGCGAUCUACAGGCCUUUUGAUCGCGAACGAUAUUGAUUACAAGAGGGCCCAUAUGCUGGUACACCAAAUGAAGCGACUUAGUUCACCUAACAUCAUCGUGACCAACCACGAUGCUACAAUGUAUCCUUCUAUUAAGCUUCCCACCGUCCAGUCAAGCGAUGGAAAGCCACUUCAGAACAGAUACUUGAAGUUCGACCGCAUACUAGCUGAUGUUCCUUGUUCAGGGGAUGGUACUUGCCGAAAGAAUCUGGAAAUUUGGAAGAACUGGAACCCUGCGAACGCGCUUGGACUUCACCCCACUCAAGUGAGAAUACUUGUACGCGCUUUGCAGAUGCUGAAAGUGGGUGGCAGAGUGGUCUACUCGACUUGUAGCAUGAAUCCGGUGGAAGACGAAGCUGUACUUGCCACUGCUAUUGACCGAUGUGGUGGUUCGGAGAAGGUCGAGAUUGUGGAUUCGAGCGGAUAUCUGCCAGGGCUGAAACGAUAUGCUGGCAAGAGAACCUGGAAUGUCAUGGAUAAACAAGGCAGGAUCUGGGCCAAUUACGAAGAUGUCAUACGCCACCGCGAGGAGGAAGGCGUUGAUGCACUCGGACGACUCCAAGAGAGCAUGUUUCCACCACGGUAUGAUUAUCGUCUGGAGAGAUGCAUGCGGGUAUACCCUCAUCUUCAAGAUACCGGAGCUUUCUUUAUCGCGAUACUAGAAAAGAAGUCGGAGAUCAAAGCCAAAGCAGGGGGAAAUGCAAGGAUCAGCCAAGAUUCGUCCGUGAGAGUCGAGACCGUGGAUGAAACUGGUGAAAUGCUGGAGCUCGAUGUCAACGGUUCCGAAUCAACAUCAAACCCUAACUUAGACAAUCCUCCACCUACUUUGACUCAAACAGAGAUUGGGGCAGCUACGAAGAGGAAGCGGGAAGACAACGAUGCCGAAGAGGCAUCAGCGAAGCGCAGCAAAUCUAGCGAGACCCGAGACGAUGAAGCUGACCCUUCUAUGGCAGGAGCAGAAGCUGCUGAAAGCUCAGUAGUAAGACCUGAAAUCGACCUGCUUGACAAACUGGAGACUUCUGUCAAUGAGUUAAUCCCAAAAGGGGAUUGGCAGACAAACUCCCCAUCAUUAGGAGCUAUACAGAAGGAUGAAACGGUUGAUCAAGUCGCUUUCACUGACAAAUACAAAAUAAAGAAAGGUGGACAAACGUUUGAAGAGCCAUUCAAGUACCUGGACGCCCAACUGGAAGAACUAGAGGGGAUACGGAAGUUCUACGAUAUUUCGCCAAGAUUCCCUCGCGACAGAUUUAUGGUGCGCAAUGCAACCGGAACAGCGACAAAGAAUAUUUACUACACAACAGCCCUAGCCAAAGCUAUUCUACAGGAGAAUGAGGGCAAAGGCAUGAAGUUCGUGCACUGUGGCGUUAAGAUGUUCGUCAAGCAGGAUGUGCCGAAUCCAGACGUAUGUCCUUGGCGAAUCCAGACGGAUGGACUUCCUAUCCUUGAACCCUGGGUGGGGCCGCAGCGACGAAUCCGACUAUGGAAGCGGGAAACUCUGCGAAAGCUGCUAAUUGAGAUGUUUCCGCGCUUCAAUGGAGACGGAUGGAAAAAUCUUGGGGAGAUUGGAGAUCAAAUCAAGGAAGUCGGGAUGGGUUGCUGCGUGCUUCAGAUCGAGCCCAGCGAGGACAAAGACGGUCUGAGUGAAAGGAUGAUCUUUCCACUGUGGAAGAGCUUACAUUCGCUCAACCUGAUGUUGCCAAAGGAGGACCGGAAAGCACUCCUCUUGCGUUUGUUCAACGACGAUACCCCGCUCAUCAAUCUGCCACAACGACAUGCCAACGGUGAUGCUCCAAAGGUGGAGAGUAAGGUGGAGUCUAGCUUUGAGCAAGAAGAAGCUGAACGGAGGCGCAACAGCAGCUCUGGGGAGGAAGACGAUGGUGGAGGAGUUCCCAUCAACGGCAUCAAGUCCGAACAUACUGCAGGAAUCAGGGCAGAAGAAGUAGAAGCCGAACCAAGUAUCUCAUAG